AUGGUCACUGAAGAGCCGGUCCGCAUGUAUCGUGGUGUUGAGGAGUCUGGAGAAGGUGCGGUCGAGUUAUGGCACGACUACUUUAGUGUGCCCCAGUGGUCAGACGGCCUCAAAGGCAACAUCCUGCUGGUGAUACACGAGAUAUUUCAUCAGGCGGAUGUUACAGUUGUCUACCUAGAUGACGUUUUACCUAGGCUUUUCACGCAGAUCACAGGAGGGAGAUCACCAAUGGAGCGUCUGACGGCCAUUACCGGAGUUUGCAAGGCUCGUUGGUUCAAACGCAUGUGGACGGCCAUGGAGUUUGUACGCAGCAGAGCCGUCAGAAUUAUGACUGCGGACUAUCGCCUUGCAGUCGACACAGGAGAUCCUAUGCUACUUCAGACACUUGAGACUCAGUUCUGCAGAGAAGUUCAAGAGCACUUCAGGGGCAACCUGUACAAAGUACAACACGUCGUCCACAUGGAAGCUGGAAACCUGAUACCAUGGUGUCUUGGCCCUCUCAGAGAAACGCGGUCGUCACAGCCUGCCAUCUUCGGAAUGGCGUUCUCAUUGCUAUCCAAACGACUUUACCGCGAGGAUACCGACUUCUUAUACGCCCUCCGGGGCAUUACAGGAAUUCGGCAAGAGCCUUCCACCAGAGACUUCUACGCAGAGCUGCUUUGGGUAGCUAAGGAGCGCCUUUUGGCUGGCGACUACAGCCCUCUGCUUAUGACUCCGAAGUUGGAGAUAUACGAUCGGCGUUUGGACCCGAACGAGGCAUAUAAUUUCAACGACGUAUGGACCUGGGACUUUGGUGAUCAAGUCAGCCUCCCUAUCUAUGGUCGUCCCUCACUUGGAUCACAGGAAAAUAAGCUUUGGGGAAAGUUUGAGGCUAUCGGUACUGUUCAAAUGAUACUGGAGCCUGUUGGAUUUGGCGAUGAUGUGCGGCACCUUAAAUCGUCCAUCGACAUGACCCUCACUGUUACAGGACCUGACCUGGAGCCUUUCGUUGAGACUUUGGGGUCAAGGAUUUACGGAGCAGACAAGCACGUCAUUAUGAAGCACCUCAAAGACAAUAAUCUGGUAGAGUCGAUGAAGGAAGCCCUUCUCGCACAUCACGAGGGAUGCCGGCAAUGGCGGGAGUGGUGGGUGAAGUCUCUUAAGAUAGGAGGCGACAACAUCAUCCGUUGGUUUGCUGACGCUCUUACACUCACAAAUCCAAUCAAGAGUCUGGGGCAAACUCACAUGUAUGCCGUUGGUGGCAAGUUUGGCCCGAUGCACUGCGGCCCGCACAUGUACUUUGCGACAAUUUGCUGUGGGCAUUGCCACAAGACAGCGCUUUUCCGCGUUGGUCUAUUCGCUCCCAAGUAUGAAGCUCGCGGUGCUAGAGCGUGGAGGAUACCAGGACUACAGUACAGCAUGUCGCAUCGCGAUGGAAUGGCGUUCUUAGAGAAAAGCGGCCGAAUCGUUGGCCGGAUGAUGUGGGCUACGCCAGCUUGUGACUGCCGAGAGACAGAGAUUGUUGAGUUACAGAUGCCUCAAAUCCCUGACCCGCGCAAGUACCCGAAGUGGGAGAUGUGA